AUGGACGUGAUGCUUAUACUGAUAAGAAUUGCGCUCGUGGGCUUCAUCUGUCUGUUUCUAGCAUCCGCUGGGUUGGCCUGUGGUCCAGGCAAGGGAUAUGGAAAACAAAGACAUCCGAAAAAACUGAAGCCUUUGGCAUACAAGCAGUUCAUUCCCAACGUGGCGGAGAAGACCCUUGGGGCCAGUGGCAAAUACGAAGGGAAGAUCACAAGGAACUCUGAAAGAUUUAAAGACCUGACACCAAACUACAAUCCUGACAUUAUUUUCAAAGAUGAGGAAAACACUAAUGCUGACAGACUUAUGACACAGGUAGGCUAUAGUGAGAAAGCGCAUGAAGAUGUAUCUUGUGGGUCCUGAAUGACCAUUUGGCACGAGAACAAUGAAUGACAGCUCAAUUUGAAGUGACAGUUGUUAAAUAUUUAUGAAUUACCUUUAUGGUUACUAUGCAUAUCUACGUAUAAUAUAGAUUUGAAACCAUUUCAAACAAACUGUGCACCAUAUCGGACUAUUUUUGUCUAUGGACAGUUCUGCCCUAUGUCUCCAGUUGGGCUUAUCGGAGCAUGAAAAUUAAGACAUGUCGUUAUGGAUGCACGACUGCUGCCACUUAUUAAAGGGGCUGGUUCUAGACAGUUAAUGUUAGGCUACGAUAAACUUGUAUUAUAGACUACUCCCCCGCGCAGAGAGCGAGAGAGGGAGAGAGAGAUAGACUACUGAUAAUGAAUUAAUUUAGAUUCGAAGCGUCACUCGAUAAGCCAUAACCAUCUAUAACAUUUCUAAAAUGUUUAUUCGUUUCUUUUCAAAUUGAAAAAUGUACAUUAAUAAAAAAAUAUAUUGGAACAGAUGCGUCAAUAUACAAUCAAUAAAGCUCUGUCUUGCCCCUGUCUUUAGUUGUGCAUGCUAUAUACAUAUACUGUAUGUGUAUGUAUGUAUGUAUGUAUGUAUGUAUGUAUGUAUGUAUGUAUGUAUGUAUGUAUGUAUGUAUGUAUGUAUGUAUGUAUGUAUGUAUGUAUGUAUGUAUGUAUGAAUGUAUGUAUGAAUGUGUGUGUUUGUGUGUGUGUGUGUGUGUGUGUGUGUGUGUAACCCUCCUAUUUAACCCCUUGUGUUUCCUGACAUCUCAAUUAUCUAUUUCUCCUUUUCAGAGAUGUAAGGACAAACUGAACUCUUUGGCUAUUUCAGUCAUGAAUCAGUGGCCGGGAGUGAAGCUGCGCGUGACAGAAGGCUGGGACGAGGAUGGACACCAUUUCGAAGACUCUUUACACUAUGAAGGAAGGGCUGUGGAUAUCACCACCUCUGACAGAGAUAAGAGCAAAUAUGGAAUGCUAUCCAGGCUCGCGGUGGAGGCAGGAUUCGACUGGGUCAAUUAUGAAUCCAAAGCCCAUAUUCAUUGUUCUGUGAAAGCAGGUAAACACAACGAACGAACAAUUAUUAAUAAUAAUAAUAAUAAUAAUAAUAUAGUUGUAUGUAAAUGUCAAAUGUAAAAAAAUAAAAAUAAAAAUAGACUUCCUCAACCGUUCAUGAACUGUUUAUUACGCACGCUGCUAUGUCAAGAAAACCAUUUAUUUGAUAGGGUUUGUUCGAUAGGCCUAUUGCCGUCCCUUGUUAUUACACAGUUAUAAGACAAUGCCUGUGACCCAUGUUGCAAUGUCAACUCUCCUACCCCAUUUGUUAGAGUAGUAGGCCCUAUAUUUGUCCAGGUCUUUCAGUUUACUUUUAGAAUUGUAUGGCAAUAGUGACUUGGUCCUAAUUCUUUAUUAACUCUUUAUUGUCUGCUUUUCUCCAGAAAAUUCAGUUGCUGCAAAGUCGGGUGGCUGCUUCCCUGGAUCCGCCUCAGUUCUCCUCGAGGAUGGUCGAAGCAAGCUGGUAAAAGAACUGGAGGUGGGCGACAAGGUGUUAGCAGCAGACAAAGAAGGACAUAUUGUGUCCAGCGAUUUCCUCAUGUUUUUGGACCGAGAUCCAGUGUCAAGACGAGAAUUUUAUGUUUUUGAAACUGAGAAGCCCAACCGAAAGUUAAGACUGACGCCGGCUCACCUUGUCUUCAUCACCAAUAACGUUACGGAUGACGAUAUGACUGCAGUGUUUGCCAGUAAUGUAAAACCUGGGCAACAGGUGUUUGUGGUGGACGAGGCCCUAGACCACCUGAAGGCAGUCACUGUGGAAAGGAUUUACGUGGAGGAAUACGAGGGAUCUUAUGCCCCAGUAACCUCACAAGGAACCAUCAUAGUUGACCAUGUUUUGGCGAGCUGUUACGCGGUAAUCGAGGACCACAAAUGGGCGCACUGGGCCUUUGCGCCAGUCAGGUUGGGGCACGCGUUGAUGUCUUUAACAGGUCUAGUCAAAAAGCGCGAGGACAUACGUCAGAGAGAUGGAAUACACUGGUACUCAGACAUUCUAUACCACAUAGGGACAUUGCUGCUGGACAGAAACUCCUUUCAUCCUCUUGGAAUGUCGCAAAGCUGA